AUGCACAAAGAUACAUACCACAACAAUUCUUUAUUUUCAGAGUCUGAACAAAAUCGAUUGCGUCAAUUCCUUGACGGGCUUGAAGACCAAGGAUCUUCGGCACCUGUUGCGCCUGUCCACUUAUCAUCCCCACCUCCUUUUCAUGCAACCUCCCAUCGCACCAAUACAUACACUGCUGGCGGUAUACAGAUCAAUACAUUAUUCAUUCAGCCAGUUACUAGCAGCAGCAAGAGCUCGAGUACAAGCAAUAAAAAGGGUUCAAAGAAGCCAUACGAUAAACAGAAGCGUCGGCAGAAUUCACCCCAUUCGUCGUCUUCAUCCAUCGCAUCAGAUGAAGCCCAAGCCAAACCGAGAUCAAAAGCAAGCACCAGUAGAAAGAAAGCAGUAGAGCUCUUAAGUGAUGACCAAAAGAGAGCUAAUCAUAUUGCAUCUGAGCAAAAGAGAAGAGCAAACAUCCGUAUAGGCUUCGAGAAAUUAGUAGACAUAGUCCCUACGCUGAGCAAUGGACAUCGAAGUGAAGCAUUGAUAUUACAAAAAUCUGUAGAGCAUUUACGGCAAUUAGUGGAAUCCAAGACAUUACUGAAAGAAAAAGCUCGCAAGCUCCAGUUAAUGCUGGGAGAAAUACCUGAUGAAGAUAGUUCAGAGGGUGAGAUAGACUAUGAUUUCUAG